AUGGGUCAGAAAAGAGCGCGCGAUCCCAAGACACAGGUCAUUGAGGCCAAAAAGCGCAAGAAGGGCGCUAAGGUCGCAGAGGCUCCGGAAGAGGAAUCAUGGGAUGCGGUUGGAGUUGAUGAUCUGAACUGGAAAGAGGUGGCUAUGCCUGACAGAAUGGAAGAUGCGGAAGGUUUCUUCGGACUGGAGGAGAUUGACGGCGUGGAUAUCAUUCGUCCCCAAGGCAAUGGCACGGUUCAAUUCAAGGCAAAGUCAGGCAAAUCUACGAAGUCCAUCUUAAGAACCCCAACGGCCGAAGAGACUGCAUUUGAAGAAUGGUCAGGGUUCAGCGAUGGCGAGUCGACCGAAAAGGCAACCACCACAGCGAACGAGGUCCCAGAGCCGAAGGAAGAUAAUCAGAAGUCGAAGAAAAGUAAGGAGACCAAGGAGACUAAGAAGACCAAGGAGACCAAGGAGACCAAGGAGACCAAGGAGACUAAGAAGACCAAGGAGGCUAAGGAGGCUAAGGCCAAAGAGACCAAUGAAGCCAAAAAGAAGGAGGCCAAACCAAAGGAUGGCAAGAACAAGAACGCAAAGUCUGCUCAAGAUUCCAAGUUCAAGGCCAAUCUUUCCUUUGAAGCUCUCGAAGAGGCCGAUAGUGAUGACGAAGUGGAUGUAUCAGGCUGGGACGAACUUGGCCUAUCUCCUGAGAUCCUUACUAGUCUCUCCAAGUUGAAGUUUGGUACUCCCAGUGCCAUUCAAAAAGCUUCCAUCCCUCCUAUUCUUGAUGGUCACGACGUCAUUGGAAAGGCAUCAACAGGUUCCGGCAAAACCCUUGCCUUUGGUAUUCCAAUUCUUGAACAUUAUCUGGAAAAGCGAGGAAAGAAGAUCGAAUCUGCUCAGAAGCCAUCAACAGCCCCAAUGGCUCUCAUCCUUUCGCCAACUCGAGAGCUGGCUGUUCAAUUAAGCAAGCACAUCGGGAACUUGAUCACGAAUGCCCCAGAUAUCAAUGCACGAAUUGCCCUUGUCACAGGUGGUCUGGCCAUUCAAAAGCAGCAAAGACAACUUGCCACUGCUGAUAUUGUUAUUGGUACACCGGGUCGUGUGUGGGAGAUCUUGAGCACUGGGUCAGGUUUGAUCAAAAAAAUGAAGAAGAUUCGCUUCCUAGUUGUGGAUGAAGCGGAUCGAUUGCUCAGUCAAGGAAAUUUCAAGGAAGUGGAAGAAAUCAUUGCCGCCUUGGAUCGUCAGGAACACAACGACUUCCCAGAAAACGAAGAAGAGGAUGAAAAAGAACAUGAUGUACUCAAGGCCCGUCAGACUCUUGUUUUCUCGGCUACAUUCCACAAGGAUCUCCAGCAAAAGCUUGCUGGAAAGAGUCGUUGGACAGGAGGAGAUCUCAUGGACAACAAAGAAUCGAUGGAGUACUUGCUUAAGAAGCUCAACUUCCGGGAAGAGAAGCCCAGGUUCAUCGACGUGAACCCUGUUCAGCAAAUGGCAGAGGGACUCAAGGAGGGAAUUGUUGAAUGCCCUGCAAUGGAGAAGGAUCUCUACCUUUACGCACUUUUGCUCUACUAUCCUAAACACCGGACACUUGUCUUUACCAACUCUAUUUCCGCCGUCCGCCGUGUUACUCAGCUGCUGCAAGCAUUGGGACUCCCCGCUCUGGGCCUUCAUUCUAGCAUGGCACAGAAGGCUCGACUUCGCUCCGUGGAGCGCUUCUCCUCGCCAACCGCAGACCCCAGCUCUAUCCUCGUCGCGACCGAUGUCGCUGCCAGAGGUCUCGAUAUCAAGGGCAUCGAACUUGUCGUCCAUUACCACGCACCCCGUGCAGCUGAUUCCUACGUUCACAGAUCUGGCCGUACUGCCCGUGCUGGUGCUGUGGGUAAGAGUGUUAUUAUUUGUUCUCCAGAUGAGGUCGUCAGCGUAGCUCGUCUCGCUGCCAAGGUCCACGCUCGGAACCCUAACGUCAGUGCCAAGAAACUACCGUUGGAGUCUCUCGAGAUCGACCGCCGUGUUGUCGCUCGUGUGAAACCACGUAUCACUUUAGCCAAAAAGAUCACCGACGCCAAUCUCGCCAAGGAGAAGGUUUCUGCAGAGGACAAUUGGAUGCGUUCCGCAGCCGAAGAUCUUGGUGUUGAAUAUGACAGUGAUGACUUCGAUGACUCCAAGGGCCGAGGUCGCGGUCGUGGUGGUGGUCGAGAGCGCCGUGAAAAGGAGGCCAGUGGUAUCAGCAAGGCCGAGCUGGGUGCGCUUCGAGCCGAGUUGAAAGGCCUACUCUCGCAGCGCAUCAAUAUCGGUGUUAGCGAGCGUUAUCUCACCGCUGGUCGUGUUGACAUUGAGGCUCUGCUCCGUGGCGAGGGUAACAAAUCCUUCCUCGGUCACCUUGAUCCUCUGAGCUUCUAA